AUGGCAUACCGUCGCACAUCCACUAUCUGCGACCCAUGUCUGGAUGUUUGUGGUCCGAACUUCGUGAUGGUGUGCACCCUCAUCUGCUCCUACCUGGCCAUGGCCAUCUGCAUCCCGUGGUUGUGCUUCUGGCUCUUCCUUCGCAGCAUCGUCUGGGUCCUCACCUGUGGACACUAUGGCUUCAACUUCCUGGAAAAGAAGAGGGAGGAGAACGAAGCCAGCAACCUCGCCGUAGCCCAGUCCCUCGCGCAGCUCGGCGAUUUCCUUAACCCGGCCAACCACCCUGGUACCGCCGAGUACAACAACAACAUCGACCUGGAGGCUCAGGAUACCAUCCAACCUGCCGCGAGGAGCAAUACGUACCACGAGUUGCUGGCCGAGAUCCAGACCAAGCCACAGAAAAGCGAGAACGCUAUUCUUCUUGAGGCGCUUCCAUUCCAGGGUCGCGGCAACUACGAUGGCUACCUCACCGAGGAGGAGAAGAAGGCCGCGAAAGCAGAGGCUAAGCGCAUGGAGGAAGAGAAGAAAGCACUUAAGGAGGCACAGAGGACGGAGGGUUUCUGGGUCUGGCAGAACGACAAGGCUUGA